AGAAGACGACAUAAACACGAGAGAGAGAAACACUGAUUUCAAUCCUUUUUUUCUCUUACGAUGAAGGACAGUGAGUAUGUGAUGUAUCUUUGGCAUGAAACUGAAUUGAGAAGGAAAGAAAUGGAGAACCGAAAGAAGAUGAUACAGAAACAAAAAUCAGAUGUAGACAGUGAGGAGAAAAAGGGAGGGGAUCAACGCGGCUCCGUUGAGAAAACAAUGAUUGACAAAGAACCUACCAAGGAAGAUGCUAGGAUUUCUCCUCAACAAAUUGAUGUUGUGCAAAGUCCAUCGAAAGAAAAACAAGAAAAGCUUACUGAUGAAGAUGUUGAGACUUCUGCUCAACAAAAUGAUGUUCCACAAGAUAAACGACAAAAGAUUGAGUGAUUUCUUUUGUCUUAGGAGGAGCGUAUUCUGUUGCCAUACAUACGCUCGGGUAUCAGUUGGUGUCAUGAUUUUACCAAAUACAGUUUCAUAAUUAGACUGUACUCGUUUAAAUUUCAUCUUUGAAAACUUUGUUGUUAAGUUUUUUAUAUCUGUUUUGCGACAAUCUUUUAUUAGAUCUUAUGCUUAUUGGA